AUGAAGCGCACAGAUGGAGCUAAGCAGGCCAACGCGGGGACAGGCACGAAAGCCUCGUCGCCCUCGGACCGCGCACCAGCGGGAACCGGACCCAAGCGGGGUACCGAUACCCGUGGUACCACCAACACAUCGACCACAGCAGAAACAAGAUCGAAAACAAUAACAGUGAAAACAGGGAAAUCUGCAGCUGCUUUGAACAGCGGUGGUGGAGCAGGAAGGGCGCCGGUUCCCCGUUUGACCUCAUGUGUCUUUGGUAAGUCAAUCCCAUCGUUCAUACGGGGGUCGACGCAGGCCGACGUGUUGGGAUGCAGUGACGAUCCCCUGAGCCAUGAUGAAUCUUUGCAGCCAAUGUCGCCGGUGCCAGCGGGAAUGUCUUAUUACUUCACUUUUGGGCAGGAAAGUGACUCAUCCGGCAGCAACAAGAGUGACUCCAGUAGUGAGGGGAGCAACGAGGACGAUUCCAGUGGGUCCUCGCGCUCUGACUCUGGUGACACCAGCGACGUGACCGACGAUGGAGAGGUGAAGGUGCGUGGUGCGUGGGCAGGGUUCGGAGUAGAGUCGCGCGACAAUGCGUUGCAGCAGCCAUCUCUUCGAAGCCACCAAGUACCGCCGCUGCACCCAUACGGCUGCUCAUACGCCAACCGUGGCCCCAGACACCCGUCCGUGAAGGCGCCGCAGGUGCGGGUAGUUACACGUCACCGUGGCACGACGCAGGAGGAGCAGAACCCCGCGAUAGGUUCCCUCAGCACUAAAGGAAAUGGUGGUGGUGGUCGGAGCAGCGGCAGCAGCCAAGACCCCGGCACAGGUACUGGUGUCGUCAAGAGAAACACGGAGCACCGAAACGCCAACGGGCGGGACGCGCCCAAACGCAGCGUUACUGGCAACACGACGAACGGCAGCCAACAGUCGGGGCCCAGCAGCCAGCCUCAGACGGAACCCACUCUUCUUUGGUCGUUCCGCGACAUCAAUGAUGCCAGCGACGACAGCAAUGAAUUUGGGCAUGACGGCAAAAGAGCGCUCAAAGAAGGCAACGCGCGCGCAGAUGCCGCGUUGGCGAAGGAAGAGGGGAAAAACAAUAGCAAAGGUGAUAAUAGCUGGUAUCUGCAUGCCACAGAAAACAUCGAGUGGGUGGACUCGCCCAAGUGGUCGGACAUCGACGAGUCAACGCUAGAGGCAAGGGACGUGGACGCCCAGCAUGCGCCGCAGACGCAGCCCUGUGGCAUGGACGGUGAGGCAGGAAUGGAGUGGGGAAUGUGCGUGCCAGGAUUUGGUAACUUGUGGAAGCGGCAUCCAGCGAGUGUGGCGUCGUACACAGCGCCCGACUGCAUGCUGCCGCCCAUCUUCCAAGCGCUGUCGGGGGAGCGUGACGAUCGCAACUACGGUGGUGCACGUCGAACGAUGAAGGGCCGACUGAAGGAGUUGCCGAAUCCUCAAUACAACCGGGGGCCGGGUAUGUUCUCCUACAACUGGUAA